UUAGGCGACAAUCUCCGAACGAGACGGUCAACAGAUUCAAUACAUAUUGUUGACUCUAUAUAUACAUACAUAUAUUAGUAUAUCUAUAUAAAUAUAUAACUUUGCGAGUAUAUUAAAUACCAAAAACGAACACGAAGUUAAAGGCGGACCCAAAUACGAUGACGACAACACAAUUACUUAAUAGGAGUAUCCGUACAAUGCCUACAUGGGUAACUGAGGCAAAAGAUCGAUCCGGACCUCCAGCACCACUACCGCCUCAAAAUGGGUCGAAGAAGGAGAGUCCAUACAAUGUGCCCACAUUGCCUUCCAAAACAAAAGACACACCCGAACCGGACUAUGAAGUGAUCGAGUUUUCCAACCAACAGCAAUACUCAAAUGAACCAAUGAAAACCCCACAUUUUCGAAAUAAGCCGCUAGAUAAUAAAUUGAAAUGUACUUUGUGUGGGUCGCAGAAUCCUUGGGUAACCUGUAGUGAGUGUGCUGGCCAAAUCUUUUGCGCGUCGUGCGAUGAUAUGUUCCAUAAGCAUCCCAAACGCAAGCAACAUAUUCGCAAGGCUGUUGAGUUGGGUACACCACCAAUACCGCCAAAAACACAAAGUGGCGCAGCGCCGCCCAUCGCACCGCCGCGACGCAGUAAACGUGGAUUACUGACACCAUUUCUAGGCCGUAAGGAACAGGAUCCAAAAAAUCUUUCACAGAUGUUGCCGCCACCUUCACCGACGCCAUCCCACAAAUCGAACGUUGGUUGGCGAUCAACGUCGUCGAAGACAACGUUCGUAAACGGGUCAAAUGGGAUGAACAAAAGGCCGUUGCCUGACCCGCCAGGUUUUGUAAAUGCUCCAAGUGAAGUUGGGUGCUUGUCGCGGUCGGAAACGCCUCAAUCUGUUUUUGAUACAAUACAACGUCCGCCAUCAGUGCAACUUGAAAAGAUUAAAACGAAAGCGAGUGCCACCUUAGAUCGCAUGGCACAAUUGCAAAAACGCUAUCAUCAACAGAAGACGCAAUCGCAGCAUGACAUUGAUAGUUCUAGUAGAUCAACUACUCGAAGUGAUCAGCAAUCGCAAAAUGUCAUCAACUUUGAACAUUGGUCAAACGUAUCACCAUCGCCCUCGCACUUUCAUUCUGGCAGCAUGUCAUCCGGUUUGAAUUCAUCGCAUUUUGAUCUAUCGGAUGAUUCCCAUACUUUUCAUAAUUCUCUACUGUUUCAACAUCAACAUCACCAACAACAUAAGGCACCAGUUGCUCAGCGUCGUCAAAUGAGCAGUUCGGUAUUCAAUUUAAACAGUUUGAGUCGGCGUCCCCUAGCUGAAAUGAAAAAUGGAAGUGCAUGGCUGGUCAAUCAGCGUAUGCAACAGGCGCAAUCCAUGGCACAACUCAACUGUGAAGGUUGUCGCCAGGGUCAUCAGGGGGGAAACUUAUCAAAUCAUCAAAUAAGAUCGACAGAUGAGUGGACUCAUUUUGGAUCCCAGCAGCAGUUCAAUCACUCUAAUCUCUCGCUGAAUAUGAAUCAAGAUUUCCAGUUACAACAGCAAUAUCCAUACUAUCCACCUCCCGUAUUUAUGAACCAGGGUGGCAUUAUGCCUCAUAUAUAUCCGGGCGCAACCCGAUAUCCAGCUAUGCAUCCAGGUGCUGUGGGUUAUGGGCCACCUUCACCAGCUUCUCGAGCAGCAUCACGCUCUCGCUAUGCGGCAUCGCCAACACCAAGCAGAAAAUCACUCUCCUUGCGCCGUAGCAAAAGAAGCAGCUAUGUUGAUGAUGAGUUAACAGACGAUGAGGAUUCUGAGCAGGAUGAUCGUCGCUCAUUAGUAUCAAGUCGUUCUGGUAUGACAAGUGCCUCACGCGGGCAUCAGAAUCAUCAGCGCCAACGUCGUUUGUCAAGUGCAUCACAACUGAUUAACAAAGGUGUUAAGGAUGAACUAAAUUCAGAUCAGUUACACAAAGUAAAAUUGAUGAAUCGACGCGGUUCAGAUUCUAAAUCUGUGCUAGUUGAGUGUCAGACCGACAUGAAAGAUAGAAAAUUUACAUUUAAAAGAGACCAAGUUGAAGCUCAGAAAACUAGUCGCAUUUACUCAGAUUUAGAAACCGAAGGCCCUGGAGCUCGUGCCUUGGUCCAGGCAAAGAUACAACAGAAACUACAAGAAGCUGAUAAGCAGAAAAUCAAUCGAACUGAGUUGAAACAAAAACCAGAAACAAAAGAUGAAAACACACAAGCGGCUUCUGUAAUAGCAAAGGUGGCUUUGACUUCAUGCAAAUUGCAGAACGAAGAUAGAAACGUUGAAGAGGAACAGGAAAAUGGAGAAGCCGCUGGUACUGAAUCCACACAAAAUUCUAGUUUUAUCACAACACAGAAAGAUGUCGAUCUUGGCCCUCCUCCGACGACACCAGAUUAUGAGUGGGAAUGUGAGUUUUGCACCUAUGUAAAUGAGCCAAAUAUUAAAAUCUGUGCCAUUUGCUGUAAAACGCCCAGCAAGCCACCAAAGAGAUUAAAGGAGCGAAAGUGUUCGGUUAAGCUACCCAAGCGUUCUGAGACAGACUGCAGUACCGGAAGUUUAAAAGCCACAACUCAAGACUUUUCUACUCAAAGCGAAACAAUAGCAGACACAUUUACAACAGAUUCUAAUAGGAUCAGUUCUAUGAAUAAGUCCAAGCCGAAAACAUCCGAGAAAAUCGAGUCAAAUAAGUCAACAGCAAAUGGGUUUAUUCAAAAAGAAUCCGUGAAGAAUAUUUGGGAUAAACUCGAUAAAAGCAUUCAGGCACAGGCAGAGCAGGUUCUACAACAAGCUGAGAAUGCAUCAGAGAUGCCGCCUUCAACAGAGCUGACAUCUAACAUUGAUUUGAGCCAUCAAGAGGGUGAAAAAUUCACAUCGCGACCACCACAUAAUAUUUCUACCCAAACGACUUACGAAACACGAUCGGAAGAGCCAAUUCUACAGGAACACAACGAUCCACUAAAAUCAAAUAAAAUUGAAAGACAACUUUCUUAUCACAACAGCUCCCAACCGUUCAAGACAGAACACUAUGGCGCUUCUAACGAAAAUCUAAUUGGCAUAGAUCUUAACUCUAAGCACCAGCAACAGAGCCCAGACCAAUUUGUAAGGCAACCAAACUUCAUAAAUGAACUUAAGGCAUUACAGCUAAAAUCGAGGUCCCCUUUCGACCUUCACCAUGCUUCUACUGGUUAUCAGCCCGAAAUGGCGAGAAAAUCCGAAAUUGAGAUGCAUAUUAUACUAAAAGAGUUGGAGUUUUAUAAAUUUAAUGUUGAGGAAUUCGAAGCCGCACUUAAAUACUGCAGCGCAGAUAAAAAUCCCAUACAAUGGUUGAGAGACAAUUGGCACAAGCUUGUGGAAACUGUGCAGAGUCUGGCGACGAAGUAUGGUCAAGAGCGUGCAGAGAACACCAUUGGUACCAUAUCACAGCAAGAAGCCCGCAAUGCGCUAAGAAGUUCAAGUGGAAAUGUAUGGCAAGCAGUAGCAGAUUGCAUACAGCAAAGACAACAAAAUUACAGCAAGUUAGCAGCAAAAGGAAACUUUUCCAAUGAAGAUAUUGUAAAUGCUUUAACAGCUCAUCAAGGUAAUUUGGAUCAGGCUGUAUUCGAAUUAAAUCGCACACAACUGAGACCAUUCCUAUUGCGCAUCUGGGGAUCGCCAAAUGGCAUGGAAAAUGAGAGCACUUCCAUAGAUGUCAAGUCGGCUAUCUCAGUUAAUGACGAGAUGAGUUUAUCCAAUGAGAUUGAAAGUAAUGCCAAAAUCUCAGAAAGCACUUCAAUAGGAGAAUCUGAAGAUAUUUGGGAACCUACCAUUUCGGAAGAUAUUACAUCUGUUGUUGAAGCUAGAACACAUAACGAACUGUUACAAACAUUGUCAAUAAAUAAUCCUGCUCACCCUGUUAUGGCAAAUGCAGCUGACGGCGUAUUAUUGCAGUCUGCGGAAAUAGUUUCUCAAGGAACUCAUUUGGAACCUUUGCGAUGCAUUUCAAUAAAAAAAUCUCCAGAAAAAAAUCAUCAAGUUGAUAACCCUAAAAAAGCUCCACAUAUUGCAGAUAAUUCACUAGUAGAAUCUUCAAUAGACUCUGAAUUGCUGCCAUUAGAAGAUUCAAAUAAAAUAUUAUUGGUACAGCUUCCAUCAGAUCCCUCAUUAGGCCAGAAGUACACCGCAGAUGAAGAAGUUGAUAUAUUGAAAGAAACAAGCAUAUCGAAAACGCUAAAAACAACAAAGUCCUCUAUCAGCAAAAUACCCAAACUAACAAGUGAUCAUAAUUCCAACUUAACAAAAAAUAAAAAAUUGUUAUCGCGCUCCAAAUCGUUUUCUGCACCCAUAGGCAUCUCUUCUGUAAAACGGAUACAACAGGAGUAUCUGCAAAAACAGAGUCAAUUGAAUACUAUAUCAAGCAUUAGUAGAGUGCCUAUUAAAAGUAGUUUAACCAGGAAAAAAUCUUUAAGUGAGGCCAUAGACAAGUUUAACAAAAGUAUAACUAACGAUGGUUCCGGCUCAACUGGAUCUGCAUCUCCAAUGACGACUUUGAAUCGUCGAAUACCAAAAAAAAAAUACCACGAAGCCUGCUUUUCAGACGAUGACUACGAAACCUCAGCCCCCGAAGAGGAGGGUACAGAGCUAAAUAUAGAUGAGCUCCUUAAAGGUGAGAUUUUGAAUCGUAAACUGAGAGUUCCUGUUUUCCGUGCCUACCCUAGUUUGCAAGAGACGGUUAUUGAGGAGCCAACAGUCCUGGCUCACAAAUAUGUGGACCUUAAAUUAGUGAACAGCAUUGCUGAGGCUCAAAUAGUUGCCACGUUAGUUCAUAUGAAGUUUCAAGAGGAUGUUGCUCUAUGGGCAGUCAAAGAAUGCUCAGAUCUUGAUCAGGCUAUAUCGCUGUUACAACAGGAAUGUGAGCUCUGUAUGAAUACCUACCCGAUGAAUGAAAUUGUUUGCAUGCUGAAAUGCAUUCACAAAUGUUGCAAAAAAUGUGCGAAGAGCUAUUUUACAGUUCAGAUUACCGACCGUAGUAUCAACGAUUGUAGCUGCCCGUUUUGUAAGCUACCAGAGCUCAGUAACGAAGUGGCGCAUGAGGAUGAACAUUUAGAAUAUUUUUCAAACUUAGAUAUAUUUCUUAAAAGCAUUUUAGAUGCCGAUGUCCAUGAGUUAUUCCAACGCAAGCUACGUGAUCGCACUCUGCUGCAGGAUCCCAAUUUUAAGUGGUGCAUUCAAUGCGCCUCCGGUUUCUUUGCCCGCCCGAAACAAAAACGUUUAAUAUGUCCAGAUUGCGGGUCAGUCACUUGUGCUCAGUGCCGAAAGCCAUGGGAAAAACAGCACGAGGGCUCCAGCUGUGAGGCAUAUUUAGAAUGGAAGAUCCAAAAUGAUCCAGAGCUGCAAGCUCAAGGUGUACAGGAACAUUUGGCACAAAAUGGCAUUGAUUGUCCAAAAUGCAAAUUUCGUUAUUCCUUAGCAAGGGGUGGCUGUAUGCAUUUCACGUGCACCCAGUGCAAGUUUGAGUUCUGCUACGGCUGUGCCAGACCCUUUAUGAUGGGCGCCAAGUGCAAUAUAUCUUCGUACUGCGCUAAGUUGGGCUUACAUGCACACCAUCCACGCAAUUGUCUGUUCUAUUUACGCGACAAGAUACCGAUGCAAUUGCAGUUUCUUCUCAAGGAGCAUAACGUUCCAUUCGACACGGAGCCCCUGGAACUGCAGUAUGAAGCAAGCAGCUCAGCAAAAGCUCGAGCUUUGGUUCGCUGUCCCAUACCAUUACAGAAGGAGACCCCGCAGGGUCUAGUUGAUACUGUUUGCAAUAGUGAUGUUCCCGAUAAACAUGCUGGAAUGUGCCGAACGCAUUAUGUUGAGUACUUGGCCAGUAAGGUUGCCAAGGCAAGUAUUGAUCCGCUUCCCAUUUUUGACCUGACAGAUUGUGUACAGGAGCUCCGCAGACGCGGCAUUGAACUGCCCGAGCGAGGCCCAUGGGAUACGGACGAAAUCUAUAAAAAUAUGUGCUCAAAGGUAAUCAAACAGCACAUACCACUUAAAUCCGCCUAAAGAUGGAGAUGAGUUCGAAUUGAAAUUGGUUUCAACUUAAUCAAAGUGUCCCCUCCAUUUAUUCUCUAUGAUUUCUGGCUUAUCUUACAUCCUAUCGUUUUAAUUAUUGUAUCUUUUGUUUUUUUUUUUAAUAUAACAAAAAUAAAAUAAUAUUGUACAAUAAUUAUAUUGGAAACCAAUAGGCAAAGAAUGCAAAAAUAAUUUUGAGGCCGAAGCCGAAGCCGAAGCUUUUCAAAUCUUUACCAUAUUUACUAAUAAUCAAAUGAUAAUAUAUUGUUAUGAAAUUAAAAUUGAAUUAAUUUUAAACAAUAAAAGUAGAGCAACGUUCAUGCUAUUAUUUAGUAAACACAGCAGCUUUAAUGUACAGUUUACUCUUAUUAAAGCGUUUUGAUUAAAUAAUAAAAGCGAUAAUAUGAAAACAAACAUCAUAAAGUGGCUUAUGCAUUUACUGGCUCUGAAAAUAUAAAUACAUAAAUACACUAAAUGCCCUGCCAUAAGUGUUCACGCUCUUGUAAGUUUUCUUGCUUGCGUUUUCUUCAGGCGAGCACGCGCGAAUGUAACUUUCUUAAAUGCUAUAUAAUAUUAAACUUAAUUAAAUAAUU